AUGUCGUCCUGGGACUCUGUUGCUUCGCUUGUGAAGCGCAUCAACCUUCCAACUGUCGCAUCCACAACCCCGGCCGAACUCGCUGAACGUCAACGCGACCCAUGGGUUAAAUCUGGGAAAUAUGGGAGAGGAUGGGUGUAUUUCUCGCUGAUUUUGCUUGGGAUUUCCACGGCCGUCCGCUUCUACCAUGUUUGGGCCGAUAAGAUGCGAAUUGAGCUACAUAAAGAGAACCGCACAGACAUCUCACAAACGCCUCAAGAAGAAUAUGAGCUUCCAAGUGCCGCUACUGAUAGCUCUACUGCUCAUUUUUUCCCCGCCCACGGCCCCCUUCCUGGCAAGAAGAAGAAACCGUCGUCUAUUGACUCAAGUGCACUACUGAACAAUACUAUCGCAUUUGUGCGAUGGCUUUUCUAUCGACCACUUCCGGAGAUGGGGAUUGGGAGAUUGCGCGUUUCUUCACCGUCUCCUGGAGCUUCUGCGAUUAUCUUUUCAUCAUUGACUUUCGUUACGCUCUAUUGUUUUAUCCCACAGCCGCUUUAUUACACAUCCAUUGUCAUUGGAUCACCUCCUUUGGCAACCCGGGCUGGCAUGCUCGCGGUGUCUAUGGUUCCAUGGAUUGUGGCACUUAGUACUCGAGCGAAUUUCAUCAGUAUGCUGACUGGUAUUGGGCACGAGAGGCUGAAUGUCCUACACCGCUGGGGCGGCUACAUCUGUUUAUUCCUGAGUCUAAUCCAUAUGAUACCGUUCUAUAUUAUGCCUAUUUGGGAAGACGGGAUGCUGAUAUACUAUCAACAAUAUCUUCCACGGAACAUAUACGUGUAUGGGACUGGAUUAGCCGCCUUUGUGCCACUGGCAUUUCUAUGCAUCCAUUCACUUCCUAUUCUCAGGCACUGGAUGUAUGAGCUUUUUGUGAAGGUUCACCUACCCGUGUCACUGGUCUUUAUUGCUAUGCUAUUCUGGCACACCAAGAACUUCCUGUCAUCGUGGAGCUAUCUCUGGGCCACUGUUGCAAUAUUGGUACUUUCAUAUGCUGUGAGGGUCGUUUACCUUAACUGGACCAAUCCAUUCCGGCUUUCAUUUAUGAUCGGAGAGGAAUCUGCAGUCACUCUUCUACCACAGAACGCCAUCAAGGUCACAGUUCCCACGCAGAUGCGAUGGAAACCGGGACAAUACGUGUAUUUGCGCAUGCCAGGCAUUGCCUUUUUCCAGAACCAUCCGUUCACUAUUGCCUCUUUGUGCAGCGUAGAUUUCCCGUCAAGCUAUGGAGAGGAUUAUCGGGACUUAGCCCUUGUGUUUCGCCCUUUUAAUGGCUUCACGAAGAAUGUGCUUCUCAAGUCCAUUGAAUAUGGUCCAUACAAGACCUGGACCGCAUUCCUCGAAGGGCCGUAUGGAGGCAUGCGACGUGAGAUGGCAGCAUUUGAUGACGUGAUUUUCUUCGCUGGCGGAAGUGGCAUUACUGCGAUUGCCAGCCAUUUACUGAACCUCAUCAAGAAAAUGCGCGAGGGCAAAGCCGUCACCAAGUCAGUUCGCGUGGUUUGGGCCCUGAGAGACCCAGAAUCUAUUGACUGGUUCAAAGAAGAAUUACGUAUCUGUAGGGACCAUGCCCCCUUCGACACGGUACACUGCUACUUCUUCCUUACUGGAGCUAGGGACGCCAAUGGCCAGCCAUUCGCGGCCCAAGAUCAGCGGCAUUACCGUGAUAUCGUACAGGAGAAAAUCUAUGACACGCUUCAAGAAAUUGAAAAGCGCGGUUCCGCGUACAUUCGUGAAGAAGCCGCAGGUGACGAAGAGCGUGAGAAGGAGCUUCGUCGAGAAAAUGAAGAUACUCUCACGGCUCUGCCCCCGAAAAUUUACACGUCGAACUUGUCUCGAUUCCAGAACCCAACGCAUAACCUCUCCGUCUCACCAUACCAGCCGUCUCCCUAUCAAUCUCCCAGCCAGCAACAAUCUCCCUUCCAGCAAUCUCCUUGUCAACAACAAGCGCCCUUUCAUCAAUCUCCCUACCAACAACAACCCACUUUCCACUCUCCAGCAGGCCCAGCUAAUAUUCCCUUUGAUUUUGGACUCGCCCAACCCCAGCUUCAUCACCAACAACCCCAACGCGAAUCUCAAUUCCAAAGUAAACCCCAAGCCCAAGCCUCCCAAUUACCAUCACUCGCCCCAUCAGCACCGUGCGCAGUCCCCCGAUUCGCAUCUCUUCCCCUACAGAAGAGAAGCGGUUGGCGUAUUGACUACGCCCGCCCAGAUAUUCCGAAAAUGCUCAAUGACUUCUCCAAGACGUUUGGUCGUCGGACUUGCGUGUAUGUCUGCGGCCCACCAAGUCUGCGAGUAGACGUUUCUGCUGCUGUUGCUCGACUCCAGCAGUUGGUUAUGACUGACCCAACGAAAGAUGAGGUUUUCUUGCAUGCUGAGAACUACAACAUCUAA